AUGUCUGCUAUUGAGAAUGUAAAGUUUGUUAAGGUAUUUAGAGAGGCAAAUGGUAUGGCUGAUGCCUUGACAAAGUUAGAUGUUUUGCAGUGUUCUUGUGGGGAUUUUAUGAUACUCUUGUCGGUUGGAAGAGCAUCGUAUCCUCCAUCUGAAGGUUUUUUGAACUUUAAUGUGGAUGGAGCUGCAAGAGGAAAGCCAGGACAAUCAGGAUGUGGUGGAGUACCGAGAAAUGAGGAAGGGCAGGUUGUAGCAUUAUUCUCUGGACCAUUGGGGAUUCAGGAUUCUAAUAUAGCAGAACUGAUGGCUAUUAAAAUGGCUUUGGAAAUUCUUCGUGAUAUUGACAAAUUGAUACAAGAGGUGGGAAAUGUGAAAGUAACAAAUAUAUACAGAAAGGAAAGUGGGAUGGCUGAUUCAUUGGCAAAAGCAGAGGUGGAAAGAAUGAAUAUGUUUACAUCUUGGUGGUAG